AUGCAAGCUGUUUCAUCUGGUAUCGGAUACGGUCUCAAAUAUCAGGCUCGAUGCAUAUCAGAUGUAAAAGCAGAUACAGAUCACACAAGUUUCCUCGCUGGAACUCUCAGUCUCAAAGAAGAAAAUGAGGUUCAUCUUAUUCGGCUUUCUUCAAGUGGAACUGAACUUUUCUGUGAGGGAUUGUUUUCGCAUCCCAGCGAGAUCUGGGACCUUGUUUCUUGUCCUUUUGAUCAGCGAAUUUUCUCAACCGUCUACUCUAACGGUGAAUCGUAUGGGGCAGCAAUAUGGCAGAUUCCGGAAUUAUAUGGCGAGUUAAAUUCCCCACAGUUAGAGAGAAUUACAUCUCUUGAAACUAAAUCCGGUAAGAUUAAAAGUAUUCUUUGGUGGCCAACUGGAAGGCAUGAUAAAUUGAUUAGCAUCGACGAUGAAAGCCUAUGUUUGUGGAGUUUGGACGUGUCCAAGAAAACUGCACAGGUACAAUCACAAGAUUCAGCUGGUAUGCUGCACAAGUUAUCUGGAGGAGCAUGGGAUCCACAUGAUGUGAAUUCUGUAGCUGCAACUUGUGAAUCAUCUCUCCAGUUUUGGGAUGUGAGGACAAUGAAGAAGACACUCUCAAUUGAGUGUUCUCAUGUCCGCAGUGCUGAUUACCAUCCUAGAAGGAACAACAUACUUGUUACAGCAGAACAUGAGUCAGGGAUACGCAUUUGGGAUCUAAGAAAGCCAAAAGUUCCCAUCCAAGAGCUUCUAGGCCAUACACAUUGGACAUGGAUUGUCAAGUGUAACCCAGAGUAUGACGGAAUAAUCUUGAGUGCUGGAACGGAUUCGACUGUUAACUUGUGGUCGGCCUCUAUAAACCAUGACGAGACAACAACUGAAAGCCAACCAGAGUCACCGGCCCGUUUGGUUGAUCCAUUGCUUAAUACAUACAGUGAUUAUGAAGACAGUAUUUAUGGGCUUACAUGGAGUUCUCGUGAACCAUGGAUCUUUGCAUCCUUGUCCUAUGAUGGAAGGGUGGUUGUAGAAUCUGUAAAGCCUUUCAUCUCCAAGAAAUGA